CAGAGUUCACUUGACACGUGAGUAAAUCAACAUGGCGGCUUCCUGCACAGUUUAACUAACGCGGAUUUAAAAUAGGAUUGUAGAAGCCAGCAAAAGGAUGGCAGAUGUUUGCGUUCAUCCAUCGUCUGAUGCAACACCCCCAAAAGAAGAUCCCCCUGAAGCUACCAAUAGCGUGGCUUCUGAAGCUGAUGCUCAGGCUGCAGGCAACAGUGGGGCAGCUUCUGACCCCAGCUUGUACCGCUACAUCAAAGAAGACCUCUUCACGUCAGAAAUCUACAAAGUGGAGAUCAGAAGUCUACCCAAGUUUGUUGGCUUCAACGAUUUGAAGAAGUUCUUGGCCAAACAUGGGCUGAACCCACACAAGAUCAAGCUGUUUGCGAAGCAGAGAUUUGCUUUUGUCACAUUUAAGAAUGAGGAGGAGCGUGAGAAGGCAAUGAAGAUGGUGCACGGUAUGCAGUGGAAGGGCCAGGUGCUCAGCGUUAAGCUGGCUAAGCCCAAAGCAGACCCCCUCCUGAGGAAGAGGAGGCAGGAGGAGGGAGAGGGUGCAGCGGGGCAGCCUGCAUCCAAGAGAGCCGAUGGGGGUGAGGAGGAAGAGGAGGAACCACCACUCGAUGUUCAGAUCGCCAACGUGGUGACGCCUCUGUGGCAAGUGCCUUAUGAGGAGCAGUUGAAGAGGAAAGAGGAGGAGGUGGUGGCGGUUCUGCAGCGGUUGGCCAAAGAGAUCGGCAGCACCAACAAAGCCAUGCUGCCGUGGCUGUUUGCACAAAAAGGCAAAUUUAAAAAAAUGUGUUGUCCCCUCGAAGCAGUCCGGCCGUCUCCGACGCAGACUGGGUACAGGAACAAGUGUGAGUUCCUCAUCUCUGUGGGAGCGGACGGGGAGGAUAAGACCAUCGGUUUCCGCUUGGGCAAAUACAAAGGAGGGUCGUGUGCUGUGGUGGGCCCGGAAGGGACUUGCCACGUGUCGGCCGAAGCCAAGAGGGUGGUCAGCGUGUUUCAGAAGUUCAUCAGGACCACAGCAUACUCUGUGUACAGCCCAGAGACGUAUGAAGGACACUGGAAACAGCUGACGGUACGCACCACUAGGACCAAACAAGCCAUGGCUAUCAUCUUCUUCAACCCACAGAAACUUGAAGAAGAGGAGAUCAACUCUCUAAAGGACACCAUGAAGAAGUACUUCACAGAGGGCGAAGGCAAGGAGAGCGGCGUGAGCUCUCUGUACUUUGUUCGAGACGGUCAGAGGAAGUCUCCCAACCUGGAGGACCUGCCCUGUGAGCUUGUAGCUGGAGAGAGCAGCAUCCACGAGGAGCUGCUUGCUCUCAAGUUCAGGAUUUCUCCUCACUCCUUCUUCCAGGUGAACACAGGGGCUGCAGAGGUGCUGUACUCAGCUGUGGGGGAAUGGGCCCAGCUUGACCAGGACAGCACGGUACUGGAUGUGUGCUGUGGGACAGGAACCAUUGGCAUCUCCCUCGCUAAAAGAGUGAAGAAGGUGAUCGGAAUCGAGAUGUGCCAGGAGGCAGUUGAAGAUGCCAGAGUUAACGCAAAGCUUAAUGGUUUGACAAACAUCGAGUUUCACUGCGGGAAAGCUGAAGACAUGUUUCCAAACAUCCUCAACGCCCUCGUAUCUCCCAGCAUCACCGCCAUUGUGGAUCCACCGAGGGCAGGCCUGCAUUCCAAAGUGAUCCUUGCCAUCAGGAGAGCAGAGCAUCUGAAGAGGCUAGUAUACGUUGCAUGCAACGCCAAAGCGGCCAUGGCCAACUUCAUUGACCUGUGCAGAGCUCCAUCCAACAGAGUUCACGGAGCACCGUUCCGUCCAGUGAGGGCGAUGGCUGUGGAUCUGUUCCCCCAGACCAUGCACGUGGAGAUGCUUCUGCUGUUUGAGAGGGUGGACUACAACUCCCAGCAGCCGUGAUCAGGAACAGCUUUAAUUUUUCUUUAGAUGUUUGCACUCAUAACUACAAAAUCACAUCAGUGGAAUGUUCGUUUAAGUUGACCAGUGACAAGAAUAAAGGCUCUUCCUUAA